GCCCAAUAUCCUCGUGCCUCCCUCCUGUCCUUUGUCUUCUGCAGCAGAAGGCGCUUCUGGGUGGGAUCUAGGACUACAGUAUGGCGUGGGACUCGUCUGGAUCACAUGAUCCAUCACGUCAGCCUGCGCCACGGCUUCGGUGGUUCGGUGGGCAGUGGAGCUGGAGACCAUCUUCGGGCCGCGUGCUGCCGGGCCGCGAGCGGCGAGUCACCAGUGACUCCCCGCCGUACGAUCGCGUAUGGCGCGGGCGGAUAGUAACCCUACGUAUACAGUACGUGUACGUCAGGCAGAACAAAAGCGCCGGGGUGGGUCAGGGAAGAACAAUGGCUUUCUCCGGCCUUCUGGCCCUGAUACUCCUAGCGCGGCGGUUUGUCACCGAGCCCUGGCAGAGCGAUGGUGCCUGUACCGAGAUUUGUAGAGUGCUGGCCGAGAUUUGUAGAAGCGCUGCCAAUCUCCAACGCGAAUUUGUAGAAUCGAUCAGCCGGGAGUAUACGGCGUCUGCCAGUCUGGGGGCUGGAAACGUACUGUACAUUCGGUUGGGAUGGAAGAAUGAGAAUUAUCAUAAUUGAACGGGUGAUGGAGUGAUGUGCAUGUGCAUGUGGACAGUAGUAUGUGCAUGUGCAUGCGAUCACACGACCACUACCGUGUAUAUGGUGACAACCCAGACAAGAGAUCUGGAGCUGCAACAUCCGGCUAUAGCCAUCGGCUUAUAUCGCCGGCAUUAUCCGGCCCUGGAAUCGCGAUCUGCAUGGAAUCCCUUUGUCCCACUUCCUUGGGCCAUACUCUGUCUAACAACGUACUCCGCCCACUCCGCUCCGCACUCCGCGUCCAACGGAUUACCCGCCUCCGCCUCCCCACCCACCCCA